AUGGCACUGGACGGGUAUCUUGACCCUGAUGAGGAACAACUUUCCUCUGGGGCUGAAGAUGAAGACGCUGAAGUGGACGUGCGGACGUUGCCUGCGCACGACACGCAGGUAGAAAGAGACUCGCGAGCUGCGCUGGAUGCUCGGGAUCGGAUGGCUGGAUUUUUCCCAUUGCCCCCGGUUCUGGACGGUUUUCGAGCACCAGAAAGGAUCGGAUGGUUGCUAAAUGUGGCCGUUGCAGCCGUACAUGACCCAGCGAGUGGCCGCCAAGUGAGCGCAUUGGAUUGUUACUUCCUUUCCGGGGAUGAAGGUGGUGGCGACUUUCGUGUGACGCUGUGUUAUAGGCCUUAUUUCUAUGUGGGAUGUACACCAGGAAAGGAGACUGAUGUAGAGUCGGCGCUGAAACGGGAUUUCAGCGAUGUGCUCAGUGGGAUUCAUCGGGCCGAACUCGAGGACCUGGAUAUGCUCAAUCAUUUGGCGACGCGAGCCCGACGUUUGUUCCUUCGUGUGGAAACGUUUACAACCGAUGAUUUGGUAAGAAUCCGCAGUCAUUUGCUGUCCUAUGCGAAUGGUAAGCAAAACCCCAGCCUCAUACCUGGGGAUCUCAGUACAGACGCAUCCGCUUCCCUCUCGAGCGCGGCACAGCGGAUUCGUCGAACAGAUCCGUACGAAAACAUCGUGGAACUCCGCGAAUACGACGUCCCCUAUGUGACGCGGGUCUGCAUCGAUUGCGACAUUCGCUGCGGUUAUUGGUAUCGCGUGGAACAUUCAUUAUCCUCGGGAGGGGCUGCUCCAAAAUUACACCUCUUGUCCGAGCUCGUCGAGCGUGCGAAUCCUACCGUGCUCGCGUACGACAUCGAGUGCACCAAGGCCCCGCUGAAGUUUCCCGACCCAUAUGCGGAUGAUGAAAUCAUGAUGAUUUCAUGGAUGUUAGACGGCCGAGGCUAUCUAGGCGUAAAUCGCCAGAUCAUAGCAGAGGACAUCCACGGGUUUACAUACGCUCCGAAGCCUGAGUUUGAAUCUAGCUUUGUCGUCUUCAACGAACCCGAUGAAGCAUCGCUACUGCGGCGCUUUUUCGCCGAGGCGCGAGCCGCACAACCGCGGGUCUACGUAACGUACAACGGAGACGCCUUCGAUUGGUUUUUCGUGCAUGUCCGUGCUAGCCGUCUAGGCAUCAACAUUCUGGACAAGAUCGGAAUGUCGUUCUCGGCAGCAAGAGGCUUAUGCCGCGGACGCGCUGCAGUCCACAUGGAUUGCAUCCAUUGGGUGAAUCGAGAUAGCUACCUUCCGCAAGGCUCCCGUGGUCUCAAAGCAGUGACCAGGGCUUUGCUAGGUUACGAACCGCACGAACUCGACCCCGAGGAGAUGCUAACAGCUGCGCGGACACGGCCUCAGGAACUCGCUGCCUACUCGGUGUCCGAUGCAGUCGCCACCUAUCAGUUGUAUAUGAAGUAUGUCCAACCUUUCAUAUUUUCGUUGUGCAACAUUUUGCCAUUUGGACCGGAUGAUGUUCUUCGAAAAGGCUCGGGCACUCUCUGCGAAAGCCUCUUGAUGUGUGAGGCCCAUCGGAGAAACAUCGUAGCUCCAAACAAGUUCAAAAACAAUGCGACAGAACGAACGUUUCAAAGCCGCUUGCUCGCCAAUGAGACCUACAUUGGUGGACAUGUUGAGGCACUGCAGUCAGGUAUCUACCGUGCAGACCUUCCCAUCCCAUUCAGAAUUGACACAGCGGCUGUUCGGGAGCUGCAAGAAAACUUGGACCAGUUCCUUCAGUUCGCAAUCGAGCGUGAACAGGAUUUGCAUCUGGAGGAAAUUACGGACUAUGAAAAUGUGCGGGCAGACCUCGCGGAACGACUCAAACGCCUUGCCGAGCAGCCGCUGCUGCAGGAGCGCCCCCUGAUUCUCCACCUGGAUGUGGGCGCCAUGUACCCGAAUAUUAUCCUGACGAACCGGUUGCAGCCGCACGCUUGCGUCACGCGGGAAACUUGCGCAGCCUGUGAUUUUAACGGCACGUCUGACUGCCGCCGCAAGAUGCACUGGGUCUGGCGAGGAGAGUGCUAUCCUGCAACCAUUGGAGAGGUGCAGAGUAUCCGCGCCUCAGUCCUGACGACCGUACGGGCCCGUCGACGGCAAGGAGAGAAAGUUUCGGAUGAUGACGCUGAGGCCAUGUACAGGAAACGACUACGGGAGUACUGCAUGAAGGUCCACAAAAGAGUCCUCGAACCGACCGUUCAGACGCGAGAAGCCUGGAUAUGUCAGCGCGAGAAUCCCUUCUACGUAGACACCGUGCGAGCGUUUCGGGACCGUCGCUACGAAUACAAGCGGCUACUCAAGCAGUGGCGCAAAGCGCUGGCGGAAAGCGGCGGCGCCUCCAUCGAAGCGCGCAACAUGUGCAUCGUCUAUGAUUCAAUGCAACUCGCGCACAAGUGUAUCCUGAACUCCUUUUACGGCUACGUCAUGCGCAGAGCUGCUCGCUGGUACUCCAUGGAAAUGGCGGGUGUUGUCACACAGACCGGUGCGAGUAUCAUUCGCCUCGCCCGCGAGUGGAUCGAGCGCGUCGGCUUGCCACUUGAGCUCGACACUGACGGUAUAUGGUGCGCGAUCCCAGCUACCUUUCCGAACGACAUAACACUCCAUACUCGCAGUGGUCGAGAGAUUUCCAUUUCUUUGCUCUGCACCGUUCUCAACACCAAAGUCGCCGCACAGUAUACGAACCAUCAAUACCAGGAGUGGUCACCGGACGAGGGAACAUACAAGCAGCGCUCCGAGUUUAGUAUCUUUUUCGAGAUAGACGGACCAUAUCGAGCGAUGGUACUCCCCGCCAGUCGCGAGGAGGGGAAAAGCAUCAAGAAACGUUACGCCGUAUUCCAGCGCGAUGGGAGUCUCGCCGAAAUCAAAGGUUUUGAGCUGAAAAGAAGAGGCGAACUGAAACUGAUCAAGGUGCUUCAGAGUGAGAUCUUUGGGCGUUUUUUAGAAGGCAGCACCCUAGCCGAAUGCUAUGCUGCCGUUGGCGAGACUGCGAACCUCUGGCUCGAUGUGCUCGACAGUAAUGGCGGCCUGCUCAGUGAUGCUGAGCUUCUCGAACUCGUUGCAGAGCAGACACAUAUGAGCAAGCCGCUAGCAGCAUACAUACAAGCUGGCCAGAAGAGCAGCGCAAUAACCUGUGCGAAACGGAUACAGGAAUUCUUGGGCAAGGACAUGGUUCGCGACAAGGGCCUCGCCUGUCGCUACGUGAUUGCGCGGUAUCCUCUGGGAACGCAAGUGACGGAGCGAGCUAUUCCCGUGCAGAUCUUUUCCGCAGACCUCGAGCAACGCCAGGCUUUGUUGCGCAAGUGGUUACGGGAGCCCGUGUACAAUUUCCGCGAAAUCCUGGACUGGGAUUAUUAUCGCGGCCGCCUCGCGAACACCGUGCAGCGGAUCAUUUCCAUUCCAGCAGCUUGCCAAGGCGUACCGAAUCCGGUGCCUCGUAUUGAGCAUCCCGACUGGUUGCGACGGCGCUUGCGAGACCUUGCCUGCGCGCAGAAGCAAACUACGUUGAAGAGCUUCUUCAGAGCCGACCAGAAGGCCACACCCGACCUCGAGGAUAUCGUUGUCGUCAAAACCGGACCGUUGCCGCGCAGGCAGCCUUGCAGCGAUGCUCGCGGCAUUGCGAACACGUCUUUGUUGAACGCAGCAGUUGCCGCUGGUGCCGCUGGUGCCGCUGGUGCUACGUCGUCGGUUGACCUUGCUCGUACCGUACUUGAGACUGUGAGCACCUCGUUGAAGUGGACUGCUGCUGGUACGUCGGUUGGGUUUGCUCAUAGCGCUCAGGAACAAGUUACUGAGCGUGACGCAUCAGGUUCACGUUUGGCUCCGUUUCGGGCCGGUGUGCAACAGGUGGUUCAGCCAGGCCGUUGUCGACCUCAUUCGGACGCAGCAGCCCGUGGCGAGCCGCCGUCAUUGCGACCGAUAUCGUACCAGCAGUGGCUUGAAGCGGUUGCCAAGCCGCAGUGGCGUCUCUGGGUCCGCCAGCGGCGAGCCAGGAGAAGUGCAGCAGCGCACCCAGCAGGUCUACGUUGCCGCCUCAGCGGACUGGUUCUCGAGCACGCCGACCUUGUCGAACCGCUUCUCGUCCUUGGUAUUCGCGAAACAGGAACUUUCCAAACAUGUCGAGUUUGGUUCCAAACGAGCAGGGGACGUGUGCUCUCGCUGCCUGUCCACGUGCCGCACGAACUCUGGUUGCUCUACCGCAGACUCCCGCCCGACGCACUGGGUCAACCGAUCGAAACGAGCAGGAACAGAGCCUGGUGCAGUGACGAGCUUGCCGUGCACACGCUCACCGUCCGUGACGCGAGCGUCAGCGAGGCCCAGUUGACCACAAUGGCCCGGGACGCUCUCUGUCUACACGCUGGCUAUCUGGUUGGACUUUAUGGUGUGCAGGUGUCACCGCUCUUGCUUGCCGUUGCCUCGCUGGGCAUUGUUUGUGUGCUGAAACCGGAUGCAGCCAAACAGACGUUACGUGCGCUUCAGCUGCAGGGCAUCGCGCUCACCGACCUGGACUCGGUCGAGAAACGGAAGCCCGCAGACUUCGCUUCUCCUUCAUGGAUCAUAGUCUGCGGUAGUCACGCAAAAGACCGUUCUGGCCGCGGCAUUUGGGUCAUCUUCAGUCCCGACCGCAUCAUUCUGAUCCUGGUCGGUUCGUUCCGAUCCGACGCUGAAACGCGAUCCACCUUGAUGCGCCUGCGACACGAAAGCAGCGUCCAUGGCGAUGGUUCACUGCAAACGCUCGGAAACGCACUCAAUCAGACGGAGAUUAUUCACGCUCAGGACUGGAAGCGAGGCCUCCGCCUGCUCGGACUCACGUUAGCGAAUCGUUUCCCCGGGGGGGCUCGGCCACCGUUGUUGUUUCUGCAGACUGCCGUGCCCGUCGCGCUGAUGCGCCGCCGUGUUCCGGCGCUGAACAAUUACCCGCUCGCUGUGGUACCGCACGUCGCCGCGGAUUGCUCUUAUCAGCCGACUGGCUGGGAGGCACCAGCCAUGCAGCGCACCCUGCAGCGAGUGACAGCGCUGUGCGCUCAGCUGCCGCUGCGUUUCCAACUCAGUGACCUAUAUGGGGUGCCGAUCGGCAACCUCAGUGGCGACCUGGUUGCAGAGACGCUUGAUGUGGCCGUGGCGAGGGCGCUGCUGCAGCGAGGCUGGCCGCUGGACUGGCUUCAUCGAGGUGACUCCCUGGCCUUGGAUGUGGAUACCACGAGCGACGCUGAGACCUGGCCCCAGGUGUCGGUUCCGGGUGCGUAUUCGGGUAUUUGCAUUGAUCUGGAGAUUCAAGACUUGCCACUGGUUGCCAUUCUCGAAGCUGAUACGCUCUACGCGAUGGAUCGCUCACAAGCACCGUCCGGUAGCUUGCUGGUACAAGUUCUUCGGCCGCUGGUGCAGACCUGGGUCGGCCUCGAAGCGAACGGGGACCAGAGCGCAGCGCUCUUAACGAGUCACUUGCAUCGGUGGAUCGUUCGAGGCCUUGCGGGUCGGACAAGUCGCAUGCUCUGUGCUGAGCUGCUGCAUCUCAUUCGGAAGACUUUUCACCAUCUCAUGGAAACACUUGCCGAAAUGAAUGCCUCUGUGAUCCACGCGACGCCGUUCCGGCUGAUGCUCUGCACGCACCGGCGACAGCUAUCCGAAGCAAAAGCCUACUGUCGGUUCCUGCUCGAGUCGUGCCGCACGCGGCCGGUGCUGCGGCGCCUCAUUUUUGCGCCUGUGCUUCGCUACAUACGCGCGGCAUUCUGGCACGAUUCCGAUCACUACUGGGCAUGGACCAUGGAAACGACGCCAGUCCAGACCGAAGCAGAAGCACCGACGACGACGACGACGACAACAACAACAACAACAACAACAGAGGCAGGAGCUAUACCAAACGGAACAGCAAAUGGGAACGUUGCGCUGUCGUAUCGGCUCGAGUACAGCUGGCGCGAUGCGGAGCACUGGAGUGCGCCUGCCCGCAAACAGUUUGCGGCCUUGGCCCAGGGCCUGCUCCAGCAUCUCGCCCUUGCUGGACAAGAGGGCCAGGGCCGCGCUCCCCAUGUGACAGCAGCCGGCACCGUGGGCGCUCGUGCCGCCCCAGCGGCGCUCACGCCCUUGGCUGCCGAUCAAAUCUUUUUCCUUGUGAAGCAAUGGUCGCUUGAUCGGGAGCCUCAGGCAGCAGCCCAGGAUGCGCACUGGCUCUUCCGCCUCCUGCUACUCUAUCGUCCAUGGCAAGAGGCGCUACUCGGAGUUGAGCAUGCGGUCUUCCGCUUCCUCAAAUGCAGUCCGUUUGCGUACAAAGCGAAAUCGCUGGACGCUAGCCAUCGGGUCAUCGUUCUUGACCCUAUUGUCUGCAGCCGGUGCUUUGCAGUGAAUGUGGCCCAGCUUGCGUCGAGUCAGACGACGGAAGCUUUGUCAACGCGAAGCUGUCGUAUAUGUGCGUGUCCGUUAUCGGAAGCACAACUUCGGUACCGAGUCGCGGGACGUUUAUCCGCGCUUUUACAAACCUAUCUCGUUCAGGAUGGUUUGUGCGAUCGCUGCGGCACAGCCCAGGGCCGUCUGCUCAGCGAUCAAUGCGAGUGCAGCGGCAGUUGCACGACAAGUCGCUGGGAAACAUGCACCACCAGUCGAGCACUGCAGUCUUUGUUCGCGUUCUGGAACCCGACUCCAUGCACGUGA